AACGUCAUUACACGUCAUUUUUGUGCGACGCGAUGUUUUGGAGCUGGUCCGAGCGUUCUGAUGGUUUGGUUCACUGUAAAUACGAACUGUUUUAGUAAUUUAUGAACUUGAUAGCGGCGGAUGAACAGCGUAGACAUGAAGAGUUUGCACGCGAUGGUGCGCGAGGCUGCUGUUAAUCACGGCGAUAAAACCGCUGCCAUCUUCGACACCGGCGCGUCGCGUGCUACUUGCCUGACCUAUCAUCAGCUCGCAGCGUUAGGGAACGAGCUAUGCAGACAUCUGCAGGGAGCAGUAGGGGAGAAUGCACGUGUUCUCGGUGUGUUCUGUGAUGUGAGCAUCUUCCUCCCUGUCUGGAUCUUUAGUGUCUUGCAGGUGCCUGCUGCCUAUGUUCCUCUGGACCCAGUCUCACCACCUCUGCUUACCAUGAGAAUAAUGGACAGAUGUCAGUUGAAGUUCUGCUUGAUACAGAGCACUUUGCUGCAGCAAUUCCAGAGUGCCUUUUCUGGUUCAUUGUCAAUUGAAGUGUUUGCAGCCUGGUCAGAACAUAAGCUUACUUUAGUAAAGCUUCACAGAAAUUCGCUGUUGUCAGCUGAAGUAAGCAACAGCCGGCUGGUGGAAGAUAAUCCGACGUUAAAGACACAGCAGGAGGAAAGACAGCCUCCCGGUGUUGAUGAUCCUGGAAAGGAACACCAGGCAGAAGAGUUAGCAUAUGUUCUGCACACAUCUGGAACAACAGGGCUUCCUAAAAUAGUUAAAGUUCCACACAAGUGUAUUGUGCCUAAUAUAGUACAUCUCAGCUCUUUAUUUCAGGUGACCCCUGAGGAUGUUGUGUUCCUAGCAUCACCUUUAACCUUUGACCCUUCAGUGGUGGAGAUGUUUUUGGCCCUGUCUUCUGGAGCUUGUCUUCUGAUAGUUCCCUCAGCUGUGAAAAGGAUGCCUAGCAGACUAGCCAAUGUGUUGUUUAGACGAAACGCCACCACAAUUUUACAGUCCACCCCGACUCUACUGCGGCGCUUUGGGGGACGUGUCCUGCAGGAGGAGAUACUCAGUGCAGGCUCCUCGUUGAGGGUGUUGGCUUUGGGAGGAGAGGUAUGUCCAUCGCUAUUUCUCCUCAACAGCUGGAAACAAGCAGGGAACAAGACGCGUAUUUAUAAUCUCUAUGGCACCACAGAAGUUUCGUGCUGGGCUUGUUGCUACAAGCUGCCAGACUCAGAUCUCCUCUCCUCAGACCACAUGGACAGUGGAUCUGUGCCUCUGGGGGAACCGCUCAUGGACACUGCUGUGGAAGUAAGAGAUGAAAAUGGAUGUUUGGUCACUGAAGGAGAGGGACAGGUCUUCAUAGGUGGUCAGGAGAGAGUAUGCUUGCUAGACAAUGAGACGAUGACUGCUGCGAUGAAAGGAGUGAUGCGUGCUACAGGGGACUGGGUGAUGGUGCAGAACUCGAACCUUUAUUACUUGGGUAGAAAGGACCGGCUGGUCAAACGGCAUGGUCAGGUGCUACACCUGGAUGCCUUACAACAGGCCAUGGAAAGCUUGCCUCAGGUAGAAGGUGGUGUGGUGGGUUUGCACAAGAGCAGCAGAUUGGUGGCCUUUGUGGUGCCCAAAAUUGACACAAGAACCGUGUCCUCUGAACACAGCUCCACUAAGGACUCUGAAGACUCCCAGGUUUCCUCCAGAGCUCUAGAAAUGGAAGUGCUUCAAGGACUGUCUCAACUUGUGCCCAGUCACAGCAUUCCAGAUACUGUAUUAUUGGUUCCUGCCCUGCCACUCACUAAUCAUGGUAAAGUGGCCAUGGAGAAGCUGAUGAGGAUGUACGAGAGACAGAGAGAGGGUAGCGGUAAGCACACUAGAGUUGGCAACAUGGAGACUUUGAGAGAAAGACUACAGGCACUAUGGAAGGAGUGUCUAGGUCUUUGUGAUGAUGGUGUUGUCGCAGACGAUGCCCACUUCAUGUUAAGCGGUGGGGAUUCUCUACAAGCGCUACGCCUCUUCGAUUACAUCACUGUUACUAUGGAAACCGCUUCUGCGGGUCUGCUGGAGGUCAUUCUAGACGGCUCUUUUUCAGAUGUCCUGAAACACAUCACAGCAACCCACCAAAAUCCUAUCAAGACGACAGGCAAGAGACAACCCGAAAGUUCUGCGUCUGUUGUUCCAUCUAAGAGGUACCACACAGAAGUUGACUCAAACUUUGACCCUGAGAUGAUUUUGCCACCUGUGGUGUCCUCAGAGAGAAGCACUAUGAGAUUUGUAGUUGUUCGUAGAGCUGGAGAUGUUGUAUUUUGGGAUUAUUUACAAGAGAAUUAUCAGAGUGCAGAACUCAGCCCAUUAUCUAUAAGCAAACCAAGUCUGACCACCACGAACAGUUCUUCUGGAAGAGCCACAGACAUCAUUCACGUUAGUAGAGACAUUCCAUCUGGGGAUGGACAAAGUCAUCACUGUAACUCAGGAAGUGGUGUUACUUUACAACCAGGCAUUACAAAAGACCGCCAACCCCUGGGCCUGCAGGUCUGUUGGAGUUCUGACACUGGCAGAUGUGUGGACGCUUCACCAGUGCUACUGGUUGGUCCUGAGCGAACGACAGUGUUUAUUGGGUCUCACUCGCACAGACUGCAGGCUCUGGACCAGAGCAAUGGUGAGGUGGUGUGGGAGCGUGUGCUAGGGGACCGACUGGAAUCUUCUGCUGCUGUUUCUAAAUGUGGAACCCUGGUGGCAUUAGGGUGUUAUGAUGGGCAGGUGUAUUUUCUGAGCGUGGACUCGGGGCAGACGUGCUGGGUGUUUAAGACAGGAGAUGCAGUGAAGAGUUCUCCUGCUGUAGACUCUCAGACUGGUCUGUUUAUCAUCGGGUCCCAUGAUGGAUUUGUCUAUGCAUUAGAACCAUUGGUGAAGCGUUGUGUAUGGAAAUACUAUUGUGGAGGUGGUGCGGUGUUUUCUUCCCCGUGUGUCCACUCCUGUCCCAGGCGGCUAUACUCGGCCACACUACGGGGGCAGCUCCAUUGCCUCAGUCCAGACAGUGGUAAAGUCUUGUGGACAUAUUCCACUGAUGUUCCGUUUUUCUCCUCCCCUUCCUGUUCUGACUCCUGCGUCUGCAUUGGUUCAGUGAAUGGACACAUCAGUGCAUUGAGCCAUGAUGGAAAUGUGUUGUGGGAUUUUCUCACCGAUGGACCUGUCUUUUCAUCGCCAUGCCUGGCCUCAUUGCCACCUUCAGUCAAUCAAAGAACCAGAUCUGGAGCAUACGACGGUUGCACAACAUUAUCUAUAGCUUGUCAAGCUGUUUUUUGUGGGUCACAUGAUUGCUGUGUAUACUGCAUCAAUCCUGCUAAUGGAUCAUUACUGUGGCGCUUCCAAACCACAGGCAAGGUGUAUUCCAGUCCUUUUGUUUUUGAUGGUAGUCCCUGGGGCAUAAGAACCCUGGUAGCUGUAGCUUCAACUGAUGGAACACUGUGGGUACUAGAUGGAGAACAUGGAACACUGAAAGCCUCUUUCGUCUUACCUGGUGAACUCUUCUCCUCUCCUAUCGUGUGGGGUCACACUGUAGUUGUAGGAUGUCGUAAUGACUACGUGUACUGCUUGGAACUGACUAGCAGGAAGGAUUAACUAAAGCAUCUCUGAGUACAAUAUGUCAGAUGUUCUUAUUGGUUAAAUAUGUAAAUGGCUAUGUAACGUAUAUAAAACGCUCUAAAAUAAUAGUAGCAUUUUAGCACUAUGUACUGGUAUUGUACAGAUGUUAAUAUAUUAUUUUGUCAUAUUUCCUAAGAUAGAUUUCUAGUAAAGGUCGACCGUUUUGUCGAUAGUUAAAGCAAUCGGUUAUCUCCAGAAAUCCACGCAGAUAAUUUUUCCUGGUUGCAUCCGUUGAGGGAGCGGCUGAGAAGGAUCUGCUGUCAUUAUCCAGUACGAGAGCAGCCUCUGGAGGCGAAAUAAAAACUAUCACUGACAAGUUUUGUUGUUAUUUGAAAUGAUUUUUUUAAAAUUCAGUUUGGAUGUACAGUACUGUGCAAAAGUUUUAGCCACCCUAAUUUUUUUUAGUACAAACUUUGUAAUAGAUGUUUUUUUUUUAUAUAUAUAUUUUAUGACUUCUACAUUAUUGAGUCAGUACAAAAAAACAUUAGAUUUCCAGCACAGAAUUAAAUGUUAAAGAAAAAUGUUCGUAUGUCGUUAAAGAAAGCAGCAUAUUACAUAAUAGAGAUCACUUUUCAGACAAAAAAACUCCUAAUGAAGGCUGCUGGAUUUUGCUUCAAAGAAGCAAGUGCGACAGUCAAAGUCUCCAGAAGAACCGUCGCUGGUUCUAGAACAUGCUCAAUAAAACUUGCAGCUCAUUAUAAAACUGCACUAAUUGUACCGUAGAUUACUAUUGAAUUUUUUUUGUUUCAUUUAUUACUGUUUACUGUUCUUUAUGGUAUUUUUUUUCUAAUAUAUGUAAAAACAUUUAAUUUCAUUAUUUUGAAGGCAUCUUUGCUCUACAGCAUUUAUUUGCAUGAGCCUAAAACUUUUGUACAGUACUGUAUAUCCUUUA